CUUCCUUCACUUUUUUUUUUUUUCUGAACAACAUGCUCAGGACUAGUUUUCUUAGGUUAUCAACAUCUAUCAAGACCUAUGGAAACAAAAAACGAUCUGUUAUUAUUUUAUGUCAACAAGCUUUAUAUUCCACUAAUCAUUCAGAAUUCAAGGAAAAUAAUAUUCAAGUGAAUGGAAUAUCAUAUCAACGGGAUGACUGGACCAAUGUAACACCUACAGUACUUUCGAAAAUGGAACGCAAACUUCAUUUACAACCUCGUAAUCCUAUUGGUAUUAUUCGACAACUUAUCGAAGGUCAUUUUAGUGAUUUCAAGACGUUCAAUGAUUUAUCACCAAUAGUUAGCACAAGACAAAACUUUGAUGAUCUCUUGAUUCCAAAAGAUCAUUCUAGUCGUACGAAAUCCGACAAUUACUACUUCAAUAAGGAUACUGUACUUCGAGCACACACUUCAGCACAUCAACUAGAAGGAUUGGCAUCGGGAGCAAACAAGUUUUUAAUCAGUGGAGAUGUUUAUCGACGGGAUGAAAUCGACAGUUCACAUUAUCCAGUGUUUCACCAAAUUGAAGGACUUGCCUACUUUGAUUAUGAUCGUAAUAAGCCUAUGGAUACUGUCAGUGCCAUCGAAGCUGACCUAGCACGCGCGAACCCUAUUCCUGCCAAUAUUGAAAUUAUUGAUGACACUGUGAUUCAUCCUGGUAAUCCAAUGCAAGAUCGACAUACUGAUCAGGUGGUGACUCCUUUGGUGGCUCACCUCAAACAUUCUAUUAACAGCAUGAUUUGUCAUCUCUUUGCUGAUGAACCUAAUCUCAAGGUCCGUUGGAUUGAAGCUUAUUUCCCUUUUACCAGUCCUAGCUAUGAAGUCGAAAUUUAUUACCAAGGUGAAUGGUUAGAAGUACUUGGAACUGGGAUAGUACAACAGACAUUAUUAGAUAAAGGAAAUCGACAUGAUACUGUUGGAUGGGCUUUUGGAAUGGGAUUGGAAAGAUUAGCUAUGGUACUUUUUGGUAUUCCUGAUAUUAGAUUGUUUUGGUCUCAAGAUGAACGAUUCAUUGAACAAUUCACGCCUGGUCAAAUCAACAAAUUUCAACCAUUUUCAAAAUAUCCUCCUUGUAUCAAGGAUAUUUCAUUCUGGCUUCCUUCUACUGAAUGGCAUGAUAAUAACUUUUGUGAAUCGAUUCGUGGUGUAGCUGGUGAUUUAGUUGAAAAUGUGAAAUUGAUUGAUGACUUUGUUCAUCCCAAAACCAAGAAACGUAGUUUAUGUUAUCGUAUUAUGUAUAGAUCAAUGGAUAGGAAUGUUACCAAUGAAGAAAUCAACGAGAUUCAAGACAAGGUCCGAUCCACUGUUGAACAAGAAUUUGGUGUUGAAUUACGCGAAAAGAAAUAGAGUUAGUUUAUUUAUAGAUGAUAGUUUAUAUUACAUGAUCGAAAAUAAAACAAUAAAAGUUGUUAUAUCAAGGUUUUGUUAGGCACGCGCGGAAUUUGAAGCCGAU